UGCCUUUUUACAUCCCUGUGAAAGUUUAAUAUGCAGUUUCAGUGCCAAAUCAGAAUUUGUUACAUUCCCACAUUAGGACUAAGUUUUUGAAAGUAGUUUUCAAUUCUUGCUAAGUCUAAUUAUAUCCCUUUCGGUUACUGAGAAUGGUGCAAUUAUAUACGCCUACUUGCUGCUUAUUAAUAACCCGACCCGAUUACCCAGUUUACUUUUGGACUGCUGAUGUACGCUGGAGUUUCUCGGUUCGUUAAAGGUGGAAUUUAAAGUGCAAUUUAAGCGUUCCACGCUUGGCUAAGGAACGGACUGUAUGUUCCAAUUAUUCCUUGCACAGGGACGAAAAUAUGGCACGUCGCACUUAUAAAAUUAGAUUGGUUUUCAACUGAACACACGCUUACGCGCUUUGGUAAAUACAGGCUGGUUUUGUGCUCAGAAUUGAGCGUUCCGCCCGUGACGGGACUUUGUUCGGUACAGGCGGUAAACGGAAGAAGUAACUCAGAGGCCGUAGGUUAUUUCGAGAGCAAUGAGUUGGUUAAUGUUCAGUCGCACGGCGGGGCCCAAGGUGUUUCCUGGUCUCUUCUCCGUGCACCCUUAUAUCGUCGUCCUUACGCCGUCUUCAAAUAUGGCUUCACAGAGCCAUUGGUUAACUCCAGAAGAAAGGGAACAACUUCUACCUGAAUUAAAAGCAGCAGGUUGGGAAGAUGUUGAAGACAGAGACGCACUUUUUAAAGAAUUUUCAUUCAAGAAUUUUAACCAGGCCUUUGGGUUUAUGACGCGGGUGGCGUUACAAGCAGAGAAAAUGAAUCAUCACCCUGAGUGGUUCAAUGUGUAUCAUAAGGUUCAGAUUACUCUUCUAACACAUGACUGCGGUGGUCUCUCCAAAAAAGAUAUCAAACUGGCAAAGUUCAUUGAACAAGCUGCUGCUUCAGUAAAUUAGCUCCUAAUUUUAGGUCUUCUGUUUUUCUUUUGUUGGAGAAAAUAGAUUUUACCUAAGAUGCGUUGCCUUUAAGCUCAAGGUGAACAUAUUAAACAUUCCAAUUGAGACCAAUAACGGAAUGUGUAAUUCCCACUUUAAAUCAAUAUUUCUUCAAGAAUGUAAGCUCGUGACUGCUAAAAUCAGAAAUGCAGAGGAUAGUAAGUUAUUUAAGAACUCUGACCCCUCAAAUCACAAACGUUACUUUUAAUAAACCUGCAUUUUGAAUUCAGCAUGCUCAAAUGAUGAGACUUGCACCUGGAACGCUGCAGAGGAAGUACUCAAGAGUUAUAAAAAUGUUAAAAGCUGGAGACUUUCAGCAUGUUGGUCAGUUUCUGAGGAAAGAAGCAGAGUUAAUGCUUCAUGACAGGGACUCUUCUUCCAACUUUACUUCUCUUUUCACAGAUGCAGUCGGACCUGCUGAAUGUUGCCAACACUUUAUAUUCUCAUUUCAGAUUUCCGGUAUCUAUUUUUAUUGUUUGUUUACUUAUGUGUAUGUACAGUACUGGAAAUAAUAAAGACUAAAUAGAAUAUCCACUCAUGUUGGGUGCAUUU